AUGGCGCUCUCCGACCGCUCCCGCGAGUCGCUCCUCCCGAGCUUCCUCUACUCCUCCUCGGCGCGCUCCUUCGCAGCCACUGGCGCCGCCGCGCGCCUCCCUGUCUCCUCCCCGGCGCCUGCCGCGGCUGGAGCAGGAGGCCGCGUGCCGUUCUCGAUCCAGGCGCCCAACGAGAAGAUCGAGAUGUACUCGCCGGCCUUCUACGCCGCCUGCACCGCCGGAGGAAUCGCCAGCUGCGGGCUCACCCACACGGCCGUCACGCCGCUCGACCUCGUCAAGUGCAACAUGCAGAUCGAUCCAGCGAAAUACAAGAGUAUCUCAUCUGGAUUUGGUGUCCUGUUAAAGGAGCAAGGGGCUAGGGGCUUCUUCAGGGGAUGGGUGCCUACCUUGCUUGGUUACAGCGCUCAGGGGGCUUGCAAGUUUGGCUUCUAUGAGUUCUUUAAGAAGUAUUACUCGGACAUUGCAGGGCCUGAGUAUGCCCAGAAGUACAAGACUCUAAUCUACCUCGCAGGAUCCGCAUCGGCUGAGGUAAUUGCUGAUGUGGCUCUCUGCCCUUUUGAAGCUGUGAAGGUACGUGUGCAGACACAACCUGGAUUUGCUCGUGGGUUGAGUGAUGGGCUCCCCAAAUUUGUCCGAUCUGAGGGUGCUCUUGGGCUCUACAAGGGAAUUGUUCCUCUCUGGGGUCGUCAGAUUCCUUAUACCAUGAUGAAGUUUGCUUCCUUUGAGACCAUCGUUGAGCUUAUCUACAAGCAUGCUGUGCCUGUUCCGAAGUCUGAGUGCAGCAAGACUACCCAGUUGGGUAUUAGCUUUGCUGGCGGUUACAUUGCUGGUGUCUUCUGUGCUAUUGUGUCUCACCCGGCUGACAACCUUGUGUCUUUCCUGAACAAUGCCAAGGGUGCUACAGUGGGCGAUGCUGUUAAGAAGCUUGGUCUCUUGGGUCUUUUCACUAGAGGACUUCCUCUUCGUAUCGUCAUGAUUGGUACCCUUACUGGUGCUCAGUGGGGAAUUUAUGAUGCUUUCAAAGUGAUGGUUGGACUCCCAACCACCGGAGGUGUUACACCUGCCCCAGCAGCGGAGGCUGAAUCGAAAGCCAUUGCCUGA